AAUAAAUCAAUGUAGUUUGUAGCUUAGUUUAAUAUGAUUGAAAAAGUAGAAGAUUUAGUUUGUGUUGAUCAUUAGAAAUAUCCUAAAUUUAUUUUGGUUAAUGAGAAUUUAGAUUUAAAAAAAAGAUUGGUUUGCGAGGAUUGUUUGAAAGCAGGACAAGUAGGAAUACAACCAAAAACAUUAGAUUAAAUGAAACAAAUUAUUAUAGAAAGAGUCAAAAAAAGAAAUGAAUUACCUAAUUCUCUAAUUUUAGAAACAAUUAAAUAGGCAGAAAACACUAAGCAAACAAUUUUAGAUAUAGAAAGCAAAAUUCAUUCAUAAAUUGAAACAAUCAAAUCAACAGCUGAGAGAUUAAUCUCUGCUCUCAAUAAAGUUAAAUAAGAAAACUAAAAUUAUAGUUUUUUUACAGAAUUAAAUGACUUUGUUCACAACUAAGAAAAAUCACAUGAAGAAAUGGUUAAGACAAUUCAGUAAUUCAAUAUAAAUUGGUUUGGAAAGAUUAAAUUAAAAAUUAAAAACCUUCCAUAAGAUCUUGAUAAACUUUUAGAGAAAGUUAGAACAAAUACACAAGAAUUUUAUUAAAAACAUUAUGAUAUAAUACAUAAACCUCUAGAAUUUGAAUUGAUUGAAAAUAAUAACAUUAAAUAAAGAGAUCCUUGUUAUACAUUGGCUUUUAGUAAGAGCGAUAAUAAUGUAUUAUUUAGUGGUUCUGGAAAAUAGAUUAAAGUUUGGAAUUUUGAUAAGGGUAAAAUUAAAGAAGUUGCAAGGUUAAAUGCUCAUAUUUUAUCUGUAACAUGUAUUGUGACAAGUAAUAAAGUAAAAAAUAGUUUUGUAUCAGGUUCAGAAUGUGGUUAACUUAUUAUUUGGAAAUAAAAAACAUAAUAAGAAUGGGAAUCAUAAAUUUAGAAAUCUUAAUGGCCUAAUUCAAUUAUUUUAAACAAAUAUGAAACACAAUUGAUAAUAGCAACUGCUACCAGUGCUAUAGAAAUUUGGGAUGUUGAUUUUAAUUAAAAUAAAUUAGCAUUUAAAUAUUCAUUAGAUGAUUUUCAUACUAAUACAAUAUUUGAUUUAAGUCUUAAUCCAUAAGAAAAUAGAAUGGUUUCAUGUGGUGAUGAUAAUAAAAUAAUUGUUUGGAAGAAAGAAAAAGAAGAUCCAGAAUGGACAGUAUUUUAAGAAAUUAAUUCAUCUAAUUAUGGAACUAAAGUUGCUUUUAUUACAGAUUAAUCAUUUAUUUGGAUGAGAUGUGAUUCUAAAGGAGAAGAUAAAUAAAUUAAUGAUAAAGAUAGACUUUAACUUUAUGAAUUAGUCAAUAAUUAGUAUCAAAUUAAUCCUUUCAAAUUUUAUUAAUUUGACAAAGAUGAAAAAUUUAUUGAUUUUCACCUCACUCCAAUCAUCUAAAAUAAUAAAAAAUAGGUAUAUUUUAUAAGAUUCAAGCGAUCAAUAUAUAUCUUAAAGUUGGAAGUCUAAGACUUCUAAUUAGUAACUAAACUUAAAUUUGAAUCAAACUUAAUUUAUGCAACAUUGUCUGAAGAUGCAUAAUAUUUGGUUGUCUAUUUAGAAGACAAAUAACAGUAUUAAGUACAUCAAAUAAAAUGGAAUUGAUCAUAUCAAUAAUCCAAUAUUAUCA